AUGGGCAAACUUAUUCGUCUGGAGUUGUUUAACUUCAAAUCGUACAAAGGGCAUCAUGUUCUUCUCUUCGGAGACUCAUACUUCACCUCUAUCAUUGGACCCAAUGGAUCCGGCAAGUCUAACUCCAUGGACGCCAUAUCUUUCGUCCUGGGCAUCAAGUCCUCACAUCUACGCUCCGCCCACCUCAAAGACCUCGUUUACCGCGGACGAGUCCUGAAAACGGCCAAGAUCAAUGAUGACGGUUCUGCGCAGACCAAUGGCGACGCAAACGGUGACGCUGAUGGUAACGAUAAAGCCUCCCGUGGUGACCCCAAAACGGCAUGGGUCAUGGCUGUGUACGAAGACGAUGCUGGCGAGGAGCAGAAAUGGAAGCGCUCCAUCACGAACCAAGGAGCCAGCGAGUACCGAAUCAACGAUCGCGUUGUCACAGCCCAGCAAUACAACGAGUCUCUUGAGAGCGAGAAUAUUCUUAUCAAGGCACGAAACUUUCUCGUGUUCCAAGGAGAUGUUGAGGCCAUUGCUUCGCAAUCCCCUCAGGAUCUCACGCGCCUGAUCGAACAAAUCUCGGGAAGUCUUGAGUACAAGGCAGAAUAUGAGAAGACACAGCUCGAGGCUGAACAGGCUGCCGAGAACCAGAACUUCCAGCUUCAUAGACGACGUGGCAUCAACUCGGAAAUUAAGCAAUACAGGGAACAGAAAAAGGAAGCAGACAACUUCCAAAACAAGACUGAUGAGCGCGAUGCGGCAAUAGUUACACAUAGUUUGUGGAAACUAUACCAUUUCCAGAAAGCCAUGGAGGAUUCGUUUGCCGCUAUCCAGGAUCAUCAGGAAAAUCUCAAAGAGCUGCGCCGCAAUGUGGAAUCUUUUGAAAAGAGACUUGAAGCGGCCAGGAAGGAACAGGCUGCCGCUCACAGGCAAGUCGCCCGUUUAGACAAAGAGAUCAAGGCCAAAGAACGAGAUAUCGAGGAUAAAGAGAACAGUCUUGUUCCCAUCGAGGAGAAGAUCAAUGAAUCUACGCAGGCAGUUGAAACACUUCAGGCUGCAAUCGCCAAGGCCACCAAGGAACGUGACGAGCAGGCCGAGGUUGUUCGUCAGGUCCAGAAGGAUAUUGAAAGCGUAGAGAAGGCCCGUCAAGUUUUCGAAAACGACUACAAAGAACAAAUGAAGAAACAGGGCCGCGAGAUCAGCGAUGAGGAUCGUCGAGAGUACAACAGACUGCGCACUCAGCUCAUGUCCAGGACCGGUUCUAAUCAGGCCAAGCUUGAGAACCUUGGCCGGCAGCGCAAAGCAGAUGAAGUAACCGUCAAUAAUCUGAAAGGCAAAGUCGAUAGCAUUGCGGCAAGCAUCGAAAAGAUUGAGGCAGAACUAUCGAGCAUCGAGGAACGCAAAUCUGCAGCGCAGGCGACCUCCAAAGACCUUUCGCAAGAGAUUGAAGCUAAAAAGAAGGAAUUCAAUAAACUCCAGUCAGAACGCGUCAGGACCAAUCAGAAGCGAACUGAGCUCGAGGAGAAGCUCGAGGAUGUCGCUAGAAAGCUUAGAGAAGCUGAUGAUGGUCGGCGCCAGAACGACAGGGAAGCUAGGAUGAAAGAGAUGGUGACCUCCUUGAAGCGCAUGUUUCCAGGUGUCCGUGGUCGAGUCGGUGACCUAUGCAAACCCAAGCAGAAAAAGUAUGAUGAAGCUGUCAUUGUGGCACUUGGAAGGGACUUCGAUGCUGUCGUCGUCGACUCCGAGAAAAUCGGUGUGGAAUGUGUUCAAUACCUCAAGGAACAAAGAUUUCAGCCCAUGACAUUCAUCCCUCUGGACAACAUCAAGGUCAACGCAGUCAACACAGCCGUCAAGGGGUUUUCUGGCGCUCGGCUGACGAUUGAUACCAUCGACUUUGAUUCUUCCGUUGAGCGUGCCAUGUCGUAUGCAUGUGGAAGCUCUGUUGUGUGUGACACUCUUGAUAUUGCCAAGCACAUUUGUUACGAAAAAAAGAUCCCCGUCAAAGCCGUGACAUUGGAAGGUUACAUCAUCCAUAAAGCAGGCCUGAUGACAGGUGGUCGUGGACCCGAGUCGAAGAGUAAAAGACGUUUCGAGGAGGCAGAUGUUCAGAAUCUCCAGCGAAUGGCCACCAAGCUUAAGGAUGAGAUUGACCGACUACCCAAGGCUGACCGCCGGGGCUCACAAGAAGAAACCCUUCAAAUUGACUUGUCCGGGCUCGAAAGGCGGUUGGCAGCCAUCAAAGACGAACUGGCAGCCUUCAACAAGAACCAUGCCAGCAAGAAGCGCGAACUGGACAACCAAAAGAGGCAACUUCGAGAGCUCGAGCCCAAAUACCAAGAACAGGCUUCCCAGCUUGAAAUCACCACUGCCACGUGCGAAGAAUUUCGGGCUGCAAUCGCACGAGUUGAAGAUGAAGUGUUUGCAGAUUUCUGUAGACGACUCGGUUAUAGCGAUAUUCGAAGCUACCGUGACUCGCAAGGCAAGCUGGAGCAGGAGGUCUCUGAAAAGCGCAAUGAAUUCGAAGUCCAAAAGCAAAAACUGUCGAGUCGACUCCAGUGGGAGCAGCAACGUCACGCAGCUGCUACUGCGCGAAUUGAUCGCAAUCAAGCCCAUGUCCGAAAGCUCAGAAACGAUAUCAAGUCUUAUGCAAGAGAGAAGGAUGCCAUUGAGAAUGCGAUGCGUGAGGAGCAGGAAGAGUUGGAAGCUCUUCGUGAGGCACUAGACGAGAAUAAGUCAGAGCUCACCGAAAAGAACCAGAAGGUGUCAGAGGCUAAGCUCGAAGUUCAAAAGCGGUCAAAGGACAUCGAAGCUUAUCUGAAGGAUAUCAAUUCCCUUGAAACCGUGGUUCAGAAGAACAGCGCCAGCAAAGCGGCAUUACUUCGACGAUGCCGACUAGAGCAGAUCCGCAUCCCGCUUGCGGAGGGCACAUUGGAGAAUCUACCUAAUGACGACCGUCUGCUUAACCAGGACCCAGAUGCCAUGGACAUAGACGAUGAGGACGAUGAUGAGGAGAUGAUGGGCAUGGCACUUGAUGAUCACGGCAUUACCAUUGACUUUAGUGGACUUGACGACGAACUUAAAGCUUCGGAUGACCCGAGCGUUGAAGAAAGUCUAUCAGAGAAGAUUACGAAUCUGACAUCGGAGCUCGAGAAGUUGAACCCCAACAUGCGAGCAAUGGAAAGGUUAGAAAGCGUUGAGUCCCGGCUGAGAGUCACAGAUCAGGAGUAUGAAGACUCAAAAACAGCGGCACACGAAGCCAAAGAGGUCUUCAACCGGGUCAAGCAAAAAAGAUAUGACCUCUUUAACAAGGCCUUCAGCCAUAUCCAGGAGCAAAUAUCACAUGUAUACAAGGAUCUCACCCGGUCAGAAGCAUACCCUCUUGGUGGUCAAGCCUAUUUGGACAUCGAGGAAGACACGGACAUGCCCUAUCUGUCCGGUAUUAAAUAUCAUGCCAUGCCGCCUCUGAAGCGUUUCAGAGAUAUGGAGCACUUGUCUGGAGGCGAAAAGACAAUGGCAGCACUGGCACUCUUGUUUGCUAUUCACAGCUACCAGCCUAGCCCCUUCUUUGUUCUUGACGAAGUGGACGCCGCUUUAGACAACGCCAACGUGGACAAGAUCAAGAAGUACAUCAAGGACCACCGUGGUCCCGGUAUGCAAUUCAUUGUGAUCAGUCUCAAGGCAGGUCUAUUCCAAGACAGCGACAGCCUGGUGGGUGUUUACCGUGACCAGGAGGUCAAUAGUUCAAGAACCCUUACUCUGGAUCUGCGGCAAUAUGUGUAG